UUCUCUCUCUACUUGUCUGGAUUCAGACACCCACUUGCAUAAGCGUGUUGAAGUCAAAAAGCCACCAUCUUUCUCUCUCUCCCCUUCUCUCUCUCGUGCUCGCUCUUGCUUCCGUCUCGUAAUAUUCACCACAUUUUGCUAAAAUGGCAACAUCCAGAAAACCCAUGCCGGCCUCUCCAAGAUUUGCCAAGGAUUUAGCUCAGUUUUGAUCCCGGCCGAUACAUACACCUAUACGUACAGUCUCUCUUCCUCUAGAUACCCUCAAGAUUCAGCUCCUCUGGUGAUUUCUCCCUUCAACGCUGAAAUGCGUGCUCGAGAUUGGUGGGUGAUCGUCGUCCUCGUAGAACUAUGCUUCUGGGUCUCGAAUUCUCAGAACCUCACGUGCCAUCCACGUGACCUCGAGGCCUUACGGGACUUCAUAGCGAAUAUUGUCCCCAAACCAGAUGGUUGGAGCUCGAAUUCUUCCGCAGAUUGCUGCGGAUGGGUCGGAAUCUCUUGCAAUUCUUCGUCUUCGCUCGGUUUGAACGAUCCCGGUAACACUGCCAGGGUUACUAAACUGGAGCUUGCGAGCAGGAGACUGUCGGGGAGGUUGUCUGAAUCUCUGGGACGGUUGGAUCAGAUUAGGGUUCUCAAUCUCUCCCGAAAUUUCAUCAAGGACUCGAUCCCUCCGGCCAUUUUCGAUCUGGUAAACCUAGAAACCUUUGACUUGAGCUCUAACGAUUUGUCUGGUCAAAUCCCAGAGAGCAUAAAUCUUCCUUCGCUGCGAAGUCUGGAUCUUUCCUCCAACAGGUUGAAUGGUUCGCUUCCCGCGCAUGUAUGCCAGAAUUCUUCCGAGCUUAGGCUUAUCGGAUUAGCGGUGAACUAUUUCUCCGGCGAAUUUCCAUCUGGGUUUGGGAAAUGUGUUUUGCUCGAACAUCUCUGUCUGGGUAUGAACAAUCUCACUGGUAACAUACCUGAGGACGUGUUUCAUCUACAAAGGUUGAAUCUUUUGGGCGUUCAAGUAAACAGUUUGUCUGGGCCGCUGAGUCCUGAAGUUGGUAAUCUCUCCGGCCUUGUCCGUCUCGAUAUUUCCUCGAAUAGAUUCACUGGUGAACUCCCUGGUGGGUUUGGUAGGUUGCCCAAGUUCCAGUUUCUUAUUGCUCACAGUAAUGGAUUCACUGGUGGAAUCCCCAGUUCCUUGUCGAAUUCAAGGACGUUGAACUUGCUUAACCUGAGGAACAACUCUUUGAGUGGUCCUUUGAUCUUGAACUGCGCGGUCAUGACUAACUUGACCUCUCUUGAUUUGGGUACCAAUAAGUUCAAUGGCUCUUUGCCCGAAAAUCUUCCAUCUUGUAGGCAGUUGAGAAAUGUCAAUCUUGCCCGGAACACCUUCCAUGGCCAGCUACCGGAGAGUUUCAAGAACUUCCAGAGCCUCUCUUAUUUCUCGCUUUCAAAUUCCAGCUUUGUUAAUAUCUCUUCAGCGCUUCAGAUCCUUCAGAACUGCAAGAACCUGACAACUCUGGUCCUAACGUUGAAUUUUCACGGAGAGGCAUUACCAGAUGACCCGAGUCUUCAUUUCGAGAAGUUGAAGGUUCUUGUGGUUGCAAAUUGCAGGCUCACUGGUUCAAUGCCAAGUUGGUUGAGCAAGAGCACCAAUCUGCAGUUGUUGGAUCUCUCGUGGAACCGUCUGACAGGUGCUAUCCCGAGCUGGAUAGGUGAUUUCAACGAUUUAUUCUACCUGGAUUUAUCAAACAACUCAUUCACCGGAGAAAUCCCAAAAAGCCUGACUCAGUUACCAAGCCUCAUAAACAGAAACAUUUCACUCGAUGAGCCAUCCCCUGAUUUCCCCUUCUUCAUGAAAAGGAAUGAAAGUGCAAGAGCUCUGCAGUACAAUCAGAUUGUCGGGUUUCCGCCCACACUGGAGCUCGGUCAUAACAAUCUCACCGGACCCAUAUGGGAGGAAUUUGGAAAUCUCAAGAAACUCCAUGUCUUUGAUCUGAGGGUGAACAGAUUGUCCGGAUCAAUCCCCAGCACUCUAUCUGGUAUGACAAGCUUGGAGGUUCUUGAUUUGUCAAAUAACAGUCUGUCCGGUUCAAUCCCAGACUCUCUUCAAAAACUCACCUUUUUGUCAAAAUUCAGCGUUGCUUAUAACAACCUCUCGGGAAAAAUUCCUUCUGAUGGCCAGUUUCUUUCAUUCCCGAGCUCGAGCUUUGAGGGUAAUAACCUCUGUGGUGAGCAUUGGAUUCGGUGUCCGGAAGAUGCACCCAACGGAGUCUCUCACACAUCAAUCAAACGGUCAAGAACCAGAGGCAGUACAGUUGGUAUGGCCGUGGGAAUAUCUUUCGGUACCGUUUUCCUUCUCACCCUUCUGACAGUGAUUGCCAUACGUGCUCAUAGACGAUCAGUAGAAAUUGAUCCAGAGAAAGAGGAACCAGAGAGUACCACUGACAAAGAACUGGAAGAGAUCGGAUCAAAGCUGGUGGUUCUGUUUCCGAACAACGAAAACAACACCAAAGAUCUUUCCUUUGACGAUCUUUUGGACUCCACAAACAGUUUCGACCAAGCAAACAUCAUUGGUUGUGGUGGGUUUGGACUGGUUUACAAAGCCACGCUCCCUGACGGUAGAAAAGUCGCAAUAAAACGCCUGUCGGGAGAUUGUGGUCAGAUAGAGAGAGAAUUCAGAGCAGAAGUGGAAACACUCUCAAGGGCUCAGCAUCCAAACCUCGUUCAACUCCAAGGCUUCUGCUUCUACAAGAAUGACAGGUUACUGAUAUACUCGUACAUGGAAAACGGAAGCUUAGACUAUUGGCUUCAUGAGAAAGUGGACGGACCGGCAUUGUUGGAUUGGAACACGAGGCUGAGAAUCGCCCAAGGAGCUGCAAGAGGGCUCGUGUAUUUGCACCAGUCAUGCGAGCCUCAUAUCCUCCACCGUGACAUAAAAUCAAGCAACAUUCUCUUGGACGAGAACUUUGAGUCUCAUUUGGCAGAUUUCGGACUUGCGAGGCUGAUACGUCCUUACGAAACCCACAUAACUACAGAUCUGGUGGGGACAUUAGGGUACAUUCCUCCAGAGUAUGGGCAGGCCUCAGUCGCUACGUACAAAGGUGAUGUAUACAGUUUCGGGGUUGUUCUGCUUGAGCUUGUAACAGGGAAGAGGCCAAUGGAUAUGUGCAGGCCAAAGGGUUCAAGGGAUUUGAUAUCUUGGGUCGUAAAAAUGAAGAAUGAGAACCGGGCAAGCGAGGUGUUUGAUCCGUUCAUCUAUGAUAAAGAUCACGAUAAGCAGAUGCUUCGGGUUCUUGAUAUUGCCUGCCUCUGUUUGAGUGAGAACCCCAAAGUGAGACCAAGCACUGAACAGUUAGUCUCAUGGCUGGACAACAUGAAGACCUGACCAGUUGGAGAACCAAAAAAAGGGAAGAUCUUUCUGCAGAUAAUCAGACACAAAUAUGUUCUGUAGGGUGAGAUUUCAUGCUCUGUGUAGAUAAUCUCCAGACAAAGCAGUUUUAAGUUUCGAAGUUCGGUUCCUCUUUUUGGGGGUUUGCAGUUCAGUUUCAGACGGGGAGACAAGAUGGAUACAGAGCAGAGAUGCCUGCAAGCCUUUUGUAUGCCAGAAAGAACACAGCAUUGUUCGGAGAGUGCUGUUCCAAGGCAUUUGUAAAGUUUUAACUGUUAUAAUAAGAAGCUUUUCUUCUCUAUUCUUUUUCCCCCCACUCCUUGUGUAAACAGAUGUAUGGUAUAUAUGCCAUCGUUAACAGAUGAAGUUUGUGUUGGUUCUUGAA